UAAAAAUCUAAUUUAUCAACUAUCAAAUAAGUUUUUUGUGCCAAAUACAGUUGAAAUGAUUGAAAUUAAGCAAAUUAGAGUGUUUCUAGAGUUUAAUGAUUUCAUAGUCAACUCAUCACACAAGUUUUGCGUACAAAUAUUGUUAGAUUAUAUGUUUGACAGUGUGAUUUUGUGAGUUUCUUUUAGCCAACUUAUAUUCAACUGUUCAAUUCCACUCGUAAUUUCAAUCUGUAUCUAUUGGCCGAAUUCACGAUGGAAUCAAUGGAAAUUGAUAAAGGAAAAGCAUGUUCCGUUUUCCUGUUUUUGGCUUGUGAAGGAGAAGAGAAUAAAGAAGGGCAGCCAAUUGUACUGUUAAUGGUGGGCUUGCCUGGAAGUGGGAAAUCUACUUUCUGCGACGAAGUCAUGAAAAUUUCUCCACGCCCAUGGGCUCGCGUUUGCCAGGACACCAUUAACAAUGGUAAACCCGGGACAAAAAUCCAGUGCCUAUCGGCCGCAUCCACUGCCCUGAAAGAUGGCAAGAGUGUAUUUAUCGACAGAUGCAAUAUCGACAGAGAGCAGCGAACCGAGUUUUUAAAGCUGGGGGGCCCGCAAACGGUUAAACAUGCAGUAAUCCUUGAUCUUCCAGCCAAGCUCUGUAUAUCGCGUUCUGUGAAGCGUACUGGACACGAGGGUAACUUGCAAGGCGGGAAAGCAGCUGCAGUUGUGAAUCAGAUGGUGCCGAAAAAAGAACUUCCAAAACUGAAUGAAGGGUUUAGUCGCAUCACAUUUUGUCAGGAUGAUAAAGAAGUGAAAGAAGCUAUCAAUGUGUACGGCUCGUUUGGCCCGUCUGAUUCUCUCCCUUCCGGUUGUUUUGGACAGAAGAAACCCGAAUCCAAGAUUCAGCAAGGGAUUAUGAAGUUUCUAAAGAAAAUCGAACCAUCAGUGGAAAAGGGAACUGGGCUCCAAAAGAAAACAGAUUGUGAUGCUCGUGAGAAAUUAGAAAAAGUUGAUAAAUUGGACUUGACAUCUAAUUCAGGUGCAAUUGGGGCCGGCAGUGUGCCUACAUUGGCAUUUCCUUCUAUUUCUACUGCAGACUUUCAGUUCAGUCUAGAGAAAGCAUCUGAUAUUAUUGUGGAAAAAGUUGAGGAAUUUGUGGGGAAGAUUGGGAAUGCCAGGCUUGUGUUGGUGGAUUUGUCUCACGGAUCGAAAAUGCUGUCGCUGGUUAAGUGUAAAGCUGCACAAAAAAAUAUUGAUCCCAACAAGUUUUUCACGUUUGUUGGAGAUAUAACUCGGCUCCGAUCUCAGAGAGGUCUUCAGUGCAAUACUCUUUACAGGCGCCUAAAGCCCGGAGGUGGAGGCGUAAAUGCUGCCAUCUUCAAUGCUGCAGGCAUUGAACUAGAAAUCGCGACCAAGGAAAGGGCAGUUACCCUUAGUCCUGGGAAAGCCGUGGUUGUACCGCUCCCUUCAUCUUCUCCAUUGUUUGCUAAGGAAGGUAUAACUCAUGUCAUACAUGUUCUUGGGCCAAAUAUGAACCCGAAUAGACCCGAUUGCCUUGAAGAUGACUAUAUCGAGGGAUGCAAGCUGCUCCGUGAAGCAUACACAUCACUUUUUGAAGGGUUUGUUUCUAUAUUGAAGUCUAAUGGAAAAAAUAACAAAGGAUCAUCAGAAUCUGGAGAUUCUCGAGCGGUGCUCGUAACUAAAGAUGAUCAGAAGGUCGAAAGAGAUGCCAUUUGUGAGCCCGAGAGGAGGAAAAAGUACAAAGGAUCUCAAGAGGAGUUCAAGUCUAGUGGUGAGGGCUCGGUGGACGAGAAAAACGUCAAGAUUAGCAAGUCUUGGGGCUCGUGGGCUCAAGCUCUUUACAAUGUGGCCAUGCAUCCGGACAAACACGAGAACAUAAUACUAGAUCUGUCGGAUGAUGUCUUAGUGAUAAAUGAUGCUUAUCCAAAGGCACAGAAACAUCUGUUGGUUCUUGCACGAGCUGAUGGCCUCGACAGCAUUGCAGAUGUACGUGGAGAACACGUCUCGUUAUUGAAGAAGAUGCACAACAUCGGCAUGAAAUGGGCUGAGAAGUUCCUGAAUGAAGAUGAAUCAUUGUUGUUCCGCCUUGGUUACCAUUCGGUCCCUUCAAUGAGACAGCUGCACCUUCAUGUCAUUAGCCAGGAUUUCGACUCCAAUCAUCUGAAGAACAAGAAACAUUGGAACUCGUUCAACACUCCAUUUUUCCUCGACUCGGUUGACGUCAUAAAGGAAACCGAAAAUACCGGGAAAGUUAAACCAAAAGACGAAAAACUCCUCGCGAUGGAAUUGAGAUGCCAUCGGUGUAGAAGCGCACAUCCAAACAUACCCCGACUUAAAUCGCACAUCAAGUCCUGUCGAGCCCCAUUUCCUGCUGUCUUACUCCAGAAUGGUUGUCUCGUUUCCUACAAAGGUACAACUUCCGACAGCUAAUUCUUGCGAAUAAUGUACAACUUAUGUGGUCUCUUAUCUUUCGACUUAGAUUAACAUAUUUUGCUUGUUUCGAUUUUGGCCGGCUUUUAGAUUCUUGUUUUGUUUUUCGGCGUUUGGUGGUGAAAUGUAGAAUUUUCUGAAAUGGUUUGGGAACAAAGCACAUUGAAUUUGAACCUUGAAUGUGGGUGUUCUCUGUUGUCGAUUUUUCACCAGCACUUGUAAUGAUAGGAGUUUGGCUACAAGUUGAAACUUGAAAUCAUCUUCCUAAUUUUCCAGUAAUGAUCAAUUUUGAGUAGCCCCUCGGUCCCAAUUUUUGGGCCUACUUCUCAUGAAUAUAAAUUAUUUUGGAUCCG